AUGAGCGAUCUGUCCGUACAAUUGACAGCCCCGAAUGGGCGUACAUACGCUCAGCCGGUUGGUCUGUUCAUCAACAACGAGUUUGUCGCUUCCAAGUCCGGGGAGAAGUUCGCUACUAUCAACCCUUCCAAUGAAGCGGAAAUCACUUCUGUCUAUGCUGCGGGUGAAGAAGAUGUGGAUAUUGCUGUGAAGGCUGCCCGGAAAGCCCUCAACCACCCCUCAUGGAAGUUGUUGCCUCCGACUGAACGGGGCACCUUGAUGCUGAAGCUGGCCGACCUGGUCGAGCAGCACAAGGAGACGCUGGCCACUAUUGAGACGUGGGACAAUGGAAAGCCAUACUCCGUUUCGCUGAACGAUGACCUGGGAGAGGUUGUCGGCUGUCUCCGGUACUAUGCUGGAUACGCCGACAAGGUCCAUGGUCAGACGAUUAGCACCACUCCGGCUAAGUUUGCCUAUACUCUCCUUCAGCCAAUUGGUGUCGUAGGCCAGAUUAUCCCCUGGAACUUCCCUCUCGCUAUGGCUGCCUGGAAGUUGGGUCCUGCCUUGGCCUGUGGAAACACCGUGGUUCUGAAGCCGGCUGAGCAGACUCCGCUCAGUGUUCUCUAUCUGGCCAACCUCAUCAAGGAGGCCGGUUUCCCGCCAGGCGUUGUCAACAUCUUGAACGGCUUUGGACGCGUAGCCGGAAGUGCGCUCGUGACCCACCCCGGGGUGGACAAGGUUGCCUUCACUGGUUCGACGUUGACUGGCCGCGAAGUCAUGAAGUUGGCUGCAGGCACCCUGAAGAACAUUACGCUCGAGACAGGUGGCAAGUCGCCCCUGGUUGUCUUCAGCGAUGCCGAUCUCGACCAGGCCGCCAAGUGGGCGCAUGCGGGCAUCAUGUACAACCAAGGACAGGUUUGCACCGCCACCUCUCGUAUCCUGGUGCACGAGUCCGUCUAUGACAAGUUCGUGGCCCUCUUCAAGGAAGCCGUGGCCAACACCAGCAAGGUGGGCGACCCCUUUGCCGACGACACCUUCCAGGGUCCCCAGGUCACCAAGGCCCAGUACGACCGCGUGCUCUCUUAUAUCGAAGCUGGCAAGUCCGAAGGAGCCACCCUGGUGGCCGGUGGCGAGCCGUUCAAGAACGUCGGUGACGGCAAGGGUUUCUUUAUUGCGCCCACUAUCUUCACCGACGUCAAGGACAACAUGCGUAUCUACCGGGAGGAGGUUUUCGGACCGUUUGUUGUGAUCUCCAGCUUCUCGGAGGAGGACGAGGCUGUCAGACGGGCCAACGAUACGACCUAUGGACUGGGCGCUGCCCUGUUCACCAAGGACAUUGAGCGUGCGCACCGGGUUGCGUCGGAGAUUGAAGCGGGCAUGGUCUGGAUCAACAGCAGCAACGACAGCGAUAUCCGGGUGCCUUUCGGUGGUGUGAAGCAGAGUGGAAUUGGGCGCGAACUUGGCGAGGCCGGUCUGGAGGCCUACUCACAAGUCAAAGCGGUCCAUGUCAACCUGGGAACGAAGCUGUAG